GCGAAUAUAGUAAAUUGCGGGGUCCAGGGGAGCGGAUAUAGUGAAUGCAGGGUCCAGGGAGAGCGGAUAUAGUGAAUGCAGGGUCCAGGGAGAGCGGAUAUAGUGAAUGCAGGGUCCAGGGGAGAGAGGAUAUAGUGAAUGCGGGUCCGGGGAGAGUGGAAAUAGUGAAUGCGGGGUCCGGGGGAGAGCGGAUAUAGUGAAUGCGGGGUCUGGGGAGAGCGGAUAUAGUGGAUGCGGGGUCUGGGGAGAGCGGAUAUAGUGAAUGCGGGGUCCAGGGAGAGCAGAUAUAGUGAAUGCAGGGGUCCGGGGGAGAGCGGAUAUAGUGAAUGCAGGGGUCCGGGAGA